CCAAUCAAUAUCUGAUUGGAUUGAUGUGGAAGAGUUAUUUGGAAUCCUUAAAAGGAUUCACCCACAACAACCGUCGAUCCCAUUAAGGACCAAAGAGUUAUUUGAGAAUUUAAAAAUUUUAUAUGAGAAUAAUGGUGGUUAUGGCAGAGUAUUCAUUGGAAGUAUGUAUAUUUAUCUUUGA